AUGGCGGCCUCGAGAUCGUUGUCAGUGUCGCACAUUGUCGUCCAGUCGCCAGUGAUCGCAGCACCAGUGCCAUCUCGUCGUUUUCCUACACCGUUCAAUGCGAAACCGACCACUUCUUGCGGCGCUUGCUCGGCAGCAGCAGCCGAGCCAGCUCUAGGGGUUGCCGAGGCGAAGGGACGGGCGGGGGUGGAGGACGACAAGCAGCUCGCAUUUUUCGAGGCCUUAAGGAAACGCCAGGUGGAAAGUUUCAAUCAGCAGGAGGAAGUUGCGAGGCAGCUUCGGAUCCAGGCAGAGCGGGACGAGGUGGCGAGGAUCGGGUGGAAGCGGGCGGCGAAGAAGCUUCUGGGAAGGCUCCGUGGCAGCCAGUGGGACCCUCUGCCCGGUGCUGACGUGGACUUUGCGGAUUUCUGGGCGCUGCUGCAGAUGGGGAGGGUCAAGUUUGUCAACUAUGGGGACAAUGGAAGAUUCGUGGAAGUGAUUCUCCCCCAUCCCGCCAAGGAUCUGGGGCUGGAGGUGCAACGUGGCGACGGGGCGAGGAAGAAGGGGAAUCAGGCAGCGAGACAAGCAGCGCCAAAGGCAGCAGAAGAAGCAGCAGCAGGGGAAGCGGGAGAGGUGGCGGGUGAAGAGGCAGAGGCUGUGGGGCACAUGGGUCGUGUGGUUGAAGCACAGGGUGCGCCACAUGCCAGCAAGGUGGCUUUUGAGCGACUCAAAAGCCUUCUCUACUCCACUCCUUACUUUGCUACCCCUUCCCUCUCAGGUCGUGUGGUUGAAGCACAGGGUGCGCCACAUGCCAGCAGACGUGCAUUCCGAGCUCUGUUCCCUCCUCCCUUGACUCUCUGCCCCUCUCUUCUCACCUCCCUUGGCUCUCUUCUCACCUCCCUUGGCUCUCUUCUCACCUCCCUUGGCUCUCUUCUCACCUCCCUUGGCUCUCUUCUCACCUCCCUUGGCUCUCUUCUCACCUCCCUUGGCUCUCUUCUCACCUCCCUUGGCUCUCUUCUCUCCUCCCUUGGCUCUCUUCUCACCUCCCUUGGCUCUCUUCUCACCUCCCUUGGCUCUCUUCUCACCUCCCUUGGCUCUCUUCUCACCUCCCUUGGCUCUCUUCGCACCUCCCUUGGCUCUCUUCUCACCUCCCUUGGCUCUCUUCUCACCUCCCUUGGCUCUCUUCUCACCUCCCUUGGCUCUCUUCGCACCUCCCUUGGCUCUCUUCUCACCUCCCUUGGCUCUCUUCUCUCCAUCCCACCGUCAGACGUGCAUUCAGAGGUCUGGUCUCUCCUGCGCACCCAACUCGCCCACAUCACCCUCACCAACCGCCCCUCCGCCUUCCCCCCCGCGCCCUUCACAACCCCCUCCGCCCUCUCAACCCUCUCAACCAUCUCCGCCACCACAGCCCCCGCCCCCACCGCCCUCCCCUCCCCCCCCUCCUCCUCUUCCCUCUUCCCGUCCCUCCUCCCGGCUUCCUCCGCCGGUCUCCUAGGCAGCACAGUAGGGACCAUCCAGCUAGCUGCUACGUGGGGGUUGAGAUUGGCGCUGGCGUGUGGGCUGUAUGUGGGGCUAGAGAGGGUGCUGUUUCCGCUGUAUCAACCGACGAAGUUGGAGGAGCGACCGAGGAGCAGUCACAGGAAGCUGACUGCCGUGCUGAACCCUGACCUGGGGACCAUGGGGCAGAGCAGCCACAGGAAGCUCACAGCCGUGUUGAACCCUGAUCUGGGGACCAUGGGGCAGAGCAGGGCACGGUAUAUCUCAGCAGAAGAAAAGACCGGAAUCACGUUUGACGAUUUUGCCGGGCAGGAUUACGUGAAGCGAGAGCUGCAGGAGGUGGUGCGGAUCCUUCGGGCAGCCAAAGAAUUCGAGGACCUGGGCGUGUACUGCCCGAAGGGCGUGCUUCUGUUCGGCCCGCCCGGAACCGGAAAAACUUUGCUGGCGAAGGCGAUUGCUGGGGAGGCUGGGGUGCCGUUCUUUUCGGUUUCUGGUGCUGAAUUUGUGGAGAUGUUUGCAGGAGUGGCAGCGUCGAGAGUGAAAGACCUGUUUUUCAGAGCGCGCCAGUUCGCCCCGGCCAUCAUCUUCAUUGAUGAGAUCGAUGCGAUCGGGUCCAAGAGAGGCACGGCCAGCGACCAGGGAGGGGGCAACAUCGAGCGGGAGCAGGGGCUGAUUCAGAUUCUCACAGAGCUGGAUGGCUUUCAAGAGAACCAGGCCAAGGUGCUGGUCAUUGGUGCCACCAACCGACUUGACAUGCUCGACCCUGCUCUGCUGCGCAAGGGGCGGUUUGACACGGUGCUGGUCAUUGGUGCCACUAACCGACUGGACAUGCUCGACCCUGCGCUACUGCGCAAGGGGCGCCUUAUGCAAUGCACUCGACCACCCCUCCGCAAGGGGCGGUUUGACAAGGUGCUGGUCAUUGGCGCCACCAACCGUCUUGGCAUGCUGGACCCUGCUCUGCUGCGGUGUAUGCACGCAUCCCCUCUGUGUCACCCCCCACCCAGCCACCUACCCUUUUCUACCCACUCUCCUCCCCUCCAGGUGCUGGUCAUCGGCGCCACCAACCGUCUAGACAUGCUCGACCCUGCGUUGCUGCGCAAGGGGCGGUUUGACAAGGUGGUGCGCGUGGGUCUGCCAACCGAGGAGGGGCGGUUCUCCGUGCUCAAGGUACGAAUGGGUGUGUUUGGUUCUCUCGUGCUUACAUGCAUGCUGGAAUGGAAGGAUUGCUUGCCCUUGGCUUGUACCUCACGUUGCCUUCAACUGCAAGGGGGCGGUUCGACAAGGUGGUGCGCGUGGGACUACCCACAGAAGAAGGACGAUUCUCAGUGCUCAAGGAGGGUGCUGGCUCAUCUGCUGCGCAAGGGGCGGUUUGACAAGGUGGUGCGCGCGGGUCUGGUCUGCCCACAGAGGAGGGGCGAUUCUCAGUGCUCAAAGUGGUGUGCGUGGGGCUGCCACGGAGGAGGGACAGUUCUCCCCCGUCUCUCCCCACUUCUUCCUCUCUCCACACCCUCCCACCGCCUCCCCUCCCCUUGUUCUCCUUAUUACCGCUUCCCUUAUAUUCCCACCGUUGCCUUCCCCGUUAAGGUGCAUGCGCGCAACAAGGCGUUCAAGUCGGAAGAGGAGAAGCUGAAGCUCCUGAGGGAGAUAGCCGCUGCUACACCCGACUACAGUGGAGCGGAGCUUAUGAACAUCCUCAAUGAAGCAGCUAUUCUAGCCAUCCGCAAGGAUAAGGAUGAGAUUGAAAGGGAGGAGCUGCUUCAAGCCAUUGACCGGCAAGCUGGCGAGUUCAAGACGGGAGAGGAGAACGUGUUAGACAGCCGGGAGCAAGCUGGCGAGUUCAAAACAGGCGAGGAGGACGUGUUAGACAGCCGGGAGGUGCGCAUGCGGGCGGCUUAUCGUGAGGCCUCCAUUGCUGUGUUGGAGUGCGCCCUGCCGGACAGAUCAGGCCCGAUCAAGAGGACGUCUCUGGACAAUGUCGAUCCUCUCCCCAACCUGGAGCAUGAGAGGUUGCGCCACCGCUGCUUUGCCGUCAAGCAGGACAUGAAACCUCUCCUUCAUUUCCACCCCUACUCCGACGUCUCUCGACAGUGUCGACCCCCUCCCCAAAUUGGAGCACGAGAGGGUGCGCUACCGCUGGCACCCAAUACUGCUCUCCUCCCCCCCUUAGUUAUGCUUCCCCUCUCACCUUGCCCCCACCCCCCUCCCCGCCAGACGUCUCUUGACAACGUUGAUCCUCUCCCCAACCUGGAGCAUGAGAGGGUGCGCCACCGCUGCUUCGCUGUCAAGCAGGACAUGCUCGAUGCCAUCCAACCCCCCUCACAAACAGCUGCCAUAAUGGAGAGGAUGGUGUUUGGUGCGGCCAACGUGAGCUGGCAGGCAGGGUGGCCUAUAGGGAGGCGUUUUGAGACGUCUCAAAACACUUCUGUUUUCACGUGGCCUAUAGGGAGGCGGUUCAACUGGCAGACUAAGUCAUCCUCAGGAGCUGGAGUGAUGCCCCACCUACAUGCUGUCAUCUCCGUCUCACCCUCCCCCUCUGUAACAGCUGCUAUAAUGGAGCGCAUGGUGUUUGGUGCGACCAACGUGAGCUGGCAAGACUGUGUCAUCCUCAGGAGCGGCACUUGCCUGACUUGCUCGCCCCACUCCCUGCCCCUUUCUCCCCACCUGCCUUGCAGCUGCUAUCAUGGAGAGAAUGGUUUUUGGAGCGGCCAACCUGCUAUCAUGGAGAGGAUGGUGUUUGGAGCGGUCAACGUGAGCUGGCAAGCAGGGGUGGCGUACAGAGUGGCGGUUCAACUGGCAGACCAUGUCAUUCUGAGGAGCGGCACUUGCCUGACUUGCUCGCCCCACUUCCUGCCCCUUUCUCCCCACCUGCCUUACAGCUGCCUUUUGAGUCGACUCAAAAGUCAGCCCGAGAAGCGGCAAUUGCCUGACUUGCUCGCCCCACUCCCUGCCCCUUUCUCCCCACCUGCCUUGCAGCUGCUAUCAUGGAGCGCAUGGUUUUUGGAGCGGCCAACCUGCUAUCAUGGAGCGCAUGGUGUUCGGUGCGGCGAACCCGCUAUAAUGGAGCGCAUGGUGUUUGGGGCGGCGAAUGUGAGCUGGCAGGCGGGGGUGGCCUAUAGGGAAGCGGUUCAACUGGCAGACUAUGUCAUCCUGAGGAGCGGCAUGAGCGCGCUGGGGAAGGUGGUUUACGAGACACAGAAGGACCUUAUGCCGCAUCUCAUUCCCAAGGUCAUCGCUCUAAGGGAAGAGUACAUGCGCUACUCCAAGGCGAAAUGCGAGGCUGUUCUUAAAGAGUACAGAUCAGCUGUGGACACCAUUGCAGGUAAGAACAACCCCCACACCCCCUCCCUCAAAAAACCCUUACCUUCCACUCCACACAUCACUCCCCCUCCCUCAAAAAACCCUUACCUUCCACUCCACACAUCCCUCCCCCUCCCUCAAAAAACCCUUACCUUCCACUCCACACAUCCCUCCCCCUCCCUCAAAAAACCCUUACCUUCCACUCCACACAUCCCUCCCCCUCCCACCUUCCCCCCUUCGUGCUCCCCACCCCACCCAUCCACCACCACCCCCGUUCCCCCACCUACCCCCUCACCAGAUCUUCACUGCUGCCCCAACAUAUUGCCCUUCAUUGUCGACUCAGAAACCGACUCAUCACACGCGGAGGGCGAGGUGACAGGAGACGCCAUCAACAGCACGCACACAUACCCCCCUGUCCUCCUCCCAUCUUGCCCUCACUUGUCCCCUUCUCCCCACCCCCUGGCCCCUCAACCGCACACCACCCCCCUGAACACCCUCAGAGCGUCUGUUGGAGGAGGGCGAGAGCGUCUGUUGGAGGAGGGCGAGGUGACAGGAGACGCCAUUCUCAGGAUCUAUGAUGCUGCUCCCAAGUUUCCCCAGCCCCUAGUGCGACCUAUCGAUGAGUAUGCAGUGUUGGUCCACCAGGGCAGGUGGGGCAUUCACGGCGCCUCCCUCCCCGGGCGAGUCACCUUCCACCCGGGCAACUCCGGCUACGCCACCUUUGGGGCGCCGCGGCCGCAGCAGGUGCAGGCGGUGAGCGACGAGACAUGGAAGGUGGUGGAGGGGAUGUGGAGGGAGCGGAUUGCGGAGCUGCGGCAGAUGGAUGAGGAGGACGAGGAGGAGCGGGAGCAGCAGCUGCUGCUGCUAGACCUUGUGCUGUAG